AUGGCUUUCACACUUGACAGGUGUGAAGAUAGUAUGGUGUUCACAAUGGAGUCUCAGAAGUCAGUGCCUGCUCCCUUCCUGACAAAGACAUACCAACUUGUUGAUGACCCUUGCACUGAUCACAUUGUGUCUUGGGGUGAUGAUGAAACCACAUUUGUUGUGUGGAGGCCCCCUGAGUUUGCUAGAGAUCUUCUACCCAACUAUUUCAAGCACAACAACUUCUCAAGCUUUGUUAGGCAACUAAAUACCUAUGGUUUCAAGAAGGUAGUUGCUGAUAGGUGGGAGUUUGCAAAUGAAUACUUCAGAAAAGGAGCUAAGAACCUCUUAUGUGAAAUCCACAGGAGAAAAACCCCUCAUCACUAUCAACAACACUACCAUGACCAACCACCACAGCUUCUUCAGCCUGAUGAAAAUCUCUGUUGGAUUGAUACUCCAUCAUCAUCCCCUAAGUCCGGCACUGAUAUCCUAACAGCACUUUCUGAGGACAAUCAAAGACUUAGGAGAAAGAACUUCAUGCUCUUAUCAGAACUCACUCACAUGAAGAAUCUGUACAAUGACAUUGUAUAUUUCAUCCAAAACCAUGUAAGUCCUGCUCCCUUUGAACAAAGAAGCAGCAAUGCUAUCUUGAAGCUUGUAGAAUUGGACUCAUCACCUCAAUCACCAAAUGUUAUUAAACCAGCUAAGAACCGUGCUAUGGAGAAGUCUUUGAUAACUUGUAGUGAGGAGCCCAACAGUUCUGUGAAGCUCUUUGGUGUACCUCUUUGUGGCAAAAAGAGAUUGCACUCAGGUAACUUUGAUCAACCAGAAUGA